AUGGAAAAAAAUAUAAGGAGGGCUGUAAGUUGUGGUGACGAAGACAGGAUCAGUAACUUGCCAGAACACUUGAUAGACUCGAUCUUAGAGCGGCUCCCAUUUGAAGAUGCUGUAAAAACAAGCAUUAUAUCAAAAAAGUGGAGGUACAGAUGGACCACAAUGAGGGCACUGAUUUUCGAUGAGCAGUUCUUCAAAAAAGUUGCAAAAAAGGGAGCUUUUGGUUGUAAUGGAUUUAUAAGGAUCAUAUACAAAGUCAUGAUCCUUCACAAGGUUCCUAUCUUGAAAUUUCAUCUUCAUAUACCAAACAUAUAUCUUGAUAGCCUCCAAGAAGUUGAUCAAUGGAUGUUGCUCUUAUCAAGAAACGGUGUCACUGAACUCGUCCUUAAAAAUUUGAAUCGCCGUUAUGAACUUCCUUCUUAUUUGUUUUCUUGUCUAGAUUUAAUAAUGUUGGACUUGCAAAACUGUUUCUAUAAGCCGCCACUUGAGUUUGAAGGAUUUCUCAAUCUUGAAGAACUUAUUCUGAAGCAUAUUGACUUUGGGGCUAGAUUGUGUGAAACUAAGAUCAACCUACCACAACUUAAGAAGUUGUCCCUGCAUACAUGCACAAAUGCUUACAAUUUCAAUAUUAAGGCUACAAAACUGCAGUAUCUGACAGUUGUUGCUUCUCCUGAUGCCAUGUUGCUCCAGUUAAUAAUGGACAGUCCAUGCGUUUCUGUGGCUGUGAUUGCUUUGCAGAAACCCAUACAAGAUUUUGUACGAGUUGAAAAAAUGAAUUUGGCCACAAUGUUGAGUAACUUGCCUAGAGUUAAAGACUUAUAUAUCGACAAGCAUUUUCUUAAGUUUUUGGUUGCAGAAAAGAUUCCCAAAUUGCUUCCAUGUGUGAUUAGUAGUUUAAAGCGUUUGUGGUUGCUCCGUUUUCAACUUAGUGAUUUGCAUCAACUUCAUGGUGCUCUUUGUUUGCUUCGAAACUCACCGAAUCUGGAAACCUUGUAUAUGAUACACAUGCAGGAACCUCGAGUUAACGUGGGACUAGCUACAAAUCAUUUGGUAUCCCCAAACUGUUUGGACUUUACAUUGGAUCAGUUGCAAACUAUUGAGAUAAGAUCUUUAGUAGGAUCAAAAGCGGAACUCUUUUUAUAA